AUGUCCAACAGUAAUACCCCGAGUGCUCGAGAAAAGCGCAGCACCUACUACGACGUGCUCGGACUGGCCCGACACGAAGACCGACAACCGCUGUCGAAAGACGAUAUCAAAGCUGCAUACCGCCGUGCAUUGCUCCUUCACCACCCAGACAAGGCCCACGGCGGCGUCUUGAGGCGCGCGAGUGGUCAUCCGACGCCUCUAUAUUCGAUAGACGAGAUUGUCGUCGCUUAUGAAGUUCUGACAGACCCUGAAAAACGCGCGGCGUACGACCAAGCGCUGGAUCAUGAGGGGCUACCUGGAAUAAGAGGAUGGGACCAUUAUAAGGGCACACAUGUCGGCGUCGAGUCGUAUGAUCUGGAAGAUCUGGACUACGACGAGACCGAGAAUAUGUGGUCCAGGAGCUGCCGCUGUGGUGACGAGCAUGGAUACGCUUUGACAGAGACAGAUCUGGAAAAGGAAAGUCUGAAUGGAGAGAUCUAUGUCGGCUGUCGAGGGUGUAGUCUCUUCAUCAAAGUCUUGUUUGGACUGGCGGAAACGUGA